GCAUAGCCGCGGCGGAACACGCAACGCCAGUACAGACUACAGAGUCCUUCCGCCGCUCCUCGACUGAUCGAUCUAUCGAUCGGCUCUUCGCAUCGUUGCUCUCAGAUCUCCCGAUCUCCGCGGACGACCCUCCUCCUAAAUUCCCCAAGCCCCAAUCCCUGCAUCCCCGGGCACCCCCGAACCAAGCAGCCAUGAUGGCCGCCUCGACCUCGCCGCCGGCUGCCUCCGUCUGCGCCGCGGGUGACGACCUCGAAACCCUCGCCCUCGACUCCGCCUCCUCAUCCCCCGCCGCUGUCUCCACUGAUCCCCUCCUCCGCCCGCCUUCCUCCCCAGCCGCCGCCGCAAACCACGAACCCUUCGUCAUCGACGACUUCCUCGACGACGAGGAGGACGACGAUGACAUCCCCCCAUCCCCCAGCCCCCGCGCGCCAGCCGCGCCCGCCGAAGCGCCCCCCGAGUUCGACCGGAUCACCGUGUCCGACCCGAAGAAGCACGCGGAGCCCGUCGCGGGGGCCGCCGGCGUGAUCCCAGGCUCCGGAAGCUACUUCUCCUACCUCGUGACCACCAGCCUCGUGGGCGGCGGCGGCGGCGAGUUCCGCGUGCGCCGGCGCUUUCGGGAUGUGGUGGCCCUCGCGGACCGCCUGGCGGCGACCCACCGCGGCCUGUUCGUGCCAACCCGGCCCGACAAGAGCCUUGUGGAGGGCCAGGUCAUGCAACGCCACGACUUCGUGAACCAGCGAUGUACUGCGCUCCAGCGCUACCUCCGCCGGCUUGCCGCGCAUCCUGUUGUUGGCAGAAGCUCUGACCUCCGCACGUUCCUUACUCAGCCUGGUGCCAUACCUGCCUUUGAAGGUGAGGCACCGCGGUACUGGACUACCACUGCGAAUGUCGCCACUAUGCCGGUGCCAGCGAAAGCUGGGAGAGACUUGUUUGGGAUGUUUAAGGAUUUGAAGCAGACCGUGGUGAAUGGUUUGGUCGCAACAAAGCCACCGCCCGUGGAGGAGGAAACUGAUACAGAAUUCCUGUCACACAAGGCCAGGCUCCAGGAUUUGCAGCAGCAACUCACCACAACAUCUCAGCAGGCAGAGUCACUUGUCAAAGCUCAGGAUGAUCUUCGAACAACUACAGCUCACCUGGGAAUGACAUUGAUUAAGCUAUCGAAAUUUGAAAGAGAGCAGGCAACAUGUGAUUCCCAUAGAAGACGAUCUAGUGAUAUCAAUAAUUUUGCAACUUCCGUUGUCAAGUUCAGCAGAUCUCAGGCAAAAUUAAAUUCUGAAAUCGUAAAACGCCUGGAUAAUAUCCAUGAAUACUUGGAGAUGAUGAUAUCUGUUCAGCAUGCAUUUACUGAUCGAUCUAAUGCUUUACAACAUGUGCAAAGUCUGUCAGCAGAUUUAUUUUUCUUGCACACCAGGGCAGGAAGACUUGAAUCUGUAUCAUCAAGAGGUAUUGGGCAGGAAUGGACAAGGUAUCAGAAGAUAGAGGGAUUGAAAGAAACAAUAAGUGCAGCAGAAGCAGCAAAAAGCCAGGCUCUUAGAGAAUAUGAAAGUAUUAAGGAGAACAACAUGAUUGAAAUCGCAAGGUUUGACAAGGACAGGCGUCGGGAUUUUGUUGAUAUGCUGAAAGGAUUUGUAAUAAAACAGGUCAUAUAUUCGGAUAAUUUUGCAAAUAUGUGGGGUAAGGUAGCAGAGGAAACCCAAGUAUACGCAAACAGGACCAACUGAUGUAAUCAUGCAACUUCGUGUACAGUACUAGUGGAUUUUGCUGAUCUACUAUUUACUCCCCAGUUUUGCCACCUUGAGUCUCGUUGUAAUGCCACCGAGUUUUGUACAAUUGCGAGGAAUGGGCUUCUCAAUUUUUGGUUUGUGCCAGUGGUUGAUACAACAAAUCCCAAUUUCCAUA